GCCCACAAAAAUAGAUCAAUCAAUCUUAUUAUCGGCCCGCUUCUCUCCUUCUCUCUGAAGCUGCUCCUGCAAGACGAAGACGACGCCAUAACUCUUCUUCUUCGCUGCGUGUGUUUUGCGGUGGUUUAGAGAGAGAGAGAGAGAGAGAGAGAGAGAGAAUGGAGGACAUAGAGGAUUUGUUGGUUGGAAGUAAUGGUGGAGCUCCUCCUGGUUUUCGCUUGCCAGUCACUUCAGUUGGACUGAAGCCGAAGAAGAACAAGAGCAAACCUGUUGUUCUCAAUGAUUUUGACAAUAAUAACCUCUCCUCCAAAAUUCCUGGCACUCAGACGAUUUAUAUCAAGACUUUUGGAUGCUCACACAAUCAGAGUGAUAGUGAAUACAUGGCUGGUCAGCUUUCAACAUUUGGUUAUUCAUUAAGUGACAAUCCUGAGGAAGCAGAUCUGUGGCUCAUAAACACCUGUACGGUUAAAUCACCAAGUCAGUCUGCAAUGGACACUUUAAUAUCAAAAUGCAAAAUUGCAAGAAAGCCACUGGUGGUGGCUGGUUGUGUGCCUCAAGGAAGUCGAGAUCUGAAAGAACUAGAAGGGGUCAGUAUAGUUGGAGUCCAGCAAAUUGACCGUGUGGUUGAAGUUGUUGAAGAGACUCUAAAAGGUCAUGAAGUUCGCCUUUUGAACCGCAGGACAUUACCUGCACUUGACCUCCCAAAGGUGAGAAAGAACAAGUUUGUUGAGAUUCUUCCAAUCAAUGUUGGUUGUCUAGGUGCCUGCACUUAUUGCAAAACUAAGCAUGCUCGUGGGCACUUAGGGAGUUAUACUAUUGAUAGCCUUGUAGGGCGUGUAAGAACUGUCAUAGCUGAUGGGGUAAAGGAAAUAUGGCUGAGUAGUGAAGAUACUGGAGCAUAUGGCCGUGACAUUGGGGUCAACCUUCCUACAUUGUUGAAUGCCAUUGUUGCAGAACUUCCCUCUGAUAAAAGCACAAUGCUUCGUAUAGGGAUGACAAAUCCUCCCUAUAUUCUAGAGCACUUGAAAGAGAUUGCAGAUGUGUUGUGCCACCCAUGUGUAUACUCGUUUUUGCAUGUACCUGUACAGUCUGGGAGUGACAGGGUCUUGAGUGCAAUGAAUCGAGAAUAUUCUGUUGGCGAGUUCAGGACAGUUGUAGAUACCUUGACUGAGCUUGUUCCAGGGAUGCAGAUUGCAACCGAUAUAAUAUGUGGAUUUCCUGGUGAAACAGAUGAAGAUUUUGCUGAAACUGUUAACCUCAUUAAGGAUUACAAGUUCCCUCAAGUUCAUAUAUCACAAUUCUAUCCUCGACCAGGGACACCUGCUGCAAGAAUGAAAAAAGUUCCUAGUACUGUGGUGAAGAAACGUAGCCGUGAGCUGACUUCUGUUUUUGAAGCAUUCACACCUUAUAAUGGAAUGGAGGGCAGAGUGGAAAGAAUUUGGAUAACUGAAAUUGCCACUGACCGUGUUCACUUGGUUGGCCAUACCAAGGGAUAUGUGCAGGUGCUCGUGGUUGCACCAGAGAGUAUGUUGGGAACUUCAGCUAUGGUGAGAAUAACAUCUGUGGGAAGGUGGUCAGUCUUUGGAGAAGUGUUAGAGACUAUCCAGCUCACACAUAACCACACUGCUCAAAGCAAGGGAAUGUCAACUGAGAACGAGUGCAGUCCCUGCACAAACACUUGUGGGGGUUGUGUCUCUUCAGAAGAGCCAGAAUAUUGUGCUUGUGGACCUGAAAGCUGUGGACAAACCACUCCGGAAGAAAAUGUUGUAUCAUUGAAUCGGCCAGAAGAUCGUAACAGCAGAAAUUUGAUUGGAUGGUUGCUUAGGAAGCGAAAGAACCAUGUGCAGAAAAAGGAAAUUGAAAAUGCAUCCAAAUCCACGAACAAGCAAGAGUUGACCAAAGGAAGCGUGGAUAGAUGGGGAAUUGUUGAUAGGGUUCUCCUGGGUGGAGUGCUUAUGAGCUUCCUGACAAUUAUAGCUCUAUUAGUGCAUCUUGGCUUUAGGACUGCAACUAAUUGAAAGAUGUUGGUCUUUACUUCCAAUUUUUGUCAAUUAUUUUCGAUUCAAGAGUUCCAUAUGCAAAAUGCAUUUCCCUUUCAACGCGGAAUUUUUAAUAUCAUUGUAACAACGGAUUAUCUUGUUGUGUACGGGUUGGUAAUUCUGUAUUUUUGAAUAGUAGAGCUUCUUUUGGGUUUGCUGUCGAAAGCUUGAUGUAAUCUUUUAGUGGUCAAAGCUCCUUGAGGUUGGCUUAA